UCUUUUCUGACAGCUUGGGGGGAAUCUGUGGGUGAAUCAGGGAAGGCGAAAGGCCGGCAGGAAGACCUGUCGAGAUCUGUGGGUGGCAGUAUUGGGGAAAGAUCAGCUGCCGCUUUUGCUUUCCUCACAAGGCUCUGGUACUUUUAACAGCGCUGCAACAGGUGCUGUUUCCCGCCCGCAGUUAUGCAGGAAUGUUUAGUGGUUGAAUAUCUGCCUGCCAGCCAGUUACUAAACGCGCCCCCCCCCACCACCAAAAAAUGACAACGGAGAGGAGAGAGGAACUAAUUCCCUCUUCAGAUACGGUUUUUGACUAAGGGAUCUUUGAAAACUGACUGGGAAAUUAUAGUUGUUAAUUUUUUUAAUAGAGGUCCCGACUUUGAAAUGUAAAGCAACCAUAACUGCUGCCCACCUGGAAGAUCUAUUUUUCCAGUUCAGGAGUUGUAUGGAAACUGGCUACAGCUGUGUGGAUAUAAAGGGACUCUGCACAUGCUCAGAAGCACUUUCCUAUUACUGCACAAAUUCCAGGUAGAACAUUUUUUUCCUGCUUUGAGGGAAUAAAUGGAUUAGAUAAAUAGUUCCGUUCCAGGUCUGUGAAGAUGCCAGGGUAAUAUCUAUAGUGGUCUUCUGCUCUGGGAGGAUUAAGUGGAGGGAGACACACACAACUUUCCAGUACUGCAAAACUCAGGCUUUUUUAUUCUAGCCCCUAUUUGCAAGUGUGGUGGUGGUUAGAGUGCCAGACUAGGAUCUGGGAGACUCAGGUUCAAAUCCCAACUCUGCUGUGGAAAAAUAAGAACCAAAAAAUUGCUCUGCUAGAUCAGACUUGCGGUCCAUCUAGUUCAGCAUCCUGUCUCACAAAAUGGCCAACUGGUUACAUUGGAGAACCAACGAAAAGGACAUCGAGGCUGAGGCCUUCCCCUGAAGUGGCCUCCUCGCACUGGUAUUUGGAUGUGUACUGCUUUUGAAUGGGGAGGUUCCCUUUAGUCAGGACUGCUGGGUUACUCUGGGCCAUUCAUGCACUCUCGGCCAGAGCUGCCUCACAGGAAGGUUGUGAGGAUAAAACGGGAGAGGAGAACUACGUAAGCUGCUUUGGGUCCCCCCCACUGGAGAGAAAGGUAGGGUAUAAAUGAAGUAAUUAAAUACAUUUCUAUGCUCUCUCUACAGAGAUCUAUUCAGGGCAGCUGUUCUCUGGGAUUUGUAUUAAAAGCUCCAAUGUUGAAGUGCUGGCCAUUCCAGUUUUAUCAGCUGUCUUAUCUGAGUUAGUGUUUCUUUGGCACUUCCCUUCCUGCAGAACUUUCUCACAGUGUAGGCUACUGCCCAGACUGAAACAGUGCCAGUUUAGAAUGACUAUAUAUUUCUGGUUUUGUGGCAUCAAAGAUCAGGGUCAUUAAACUGAUUAAAGUUCUUCUGGAAUCCACCUCAUUGUGCCGUUUGCUUUCACAGGGAGUAGAUGGUCAUCCAGACCUCAUUUUGGAUUGUCUCUUUCUCCUGGCCAAAAGGAAAUGCCGGUGCUGGAACCAAUGAGGGUGCAGACACCUUUUGAAGAAGUGGCUGUUUAUUUCACACAGAGCGAAUGGGCUCUUCUGCAACCUAAACAAAAAGCCUUUUACAGGGAAGUCAUGCUGGAAAAUUAUGAAAUUAUCAUUUCACUUGGAUUUAUAUUUCCCAAACCCGGGUUGAUCUCUCAAUUGGAAAAGGGGAAAGAAGUGUGGUCAACCAAUGUCCAAGUUCUGCAGGAAGGGAAAUGCCAGAGAGACACAAGCUCAGCUAAGAAAGGAAAUGGUUCCGACAGAGUAAUGAGCAUGAAGCAGAAAGUGAAUCUCCAACAAGGAAGCCCAUUUCCAGCAAGACAAAGGGACAGGGUGGGCCAAGCAGCUGCUUCUCUGCAGCCUGAAGUAUGUGAGACAAGAUAUGGAUUGAGGAAGGAGCAGGAAAAGCAGCAGUGGGAGACGCAGGAUAUGCUUGCUUGCAAUGGAUGUAUACCAAGUGCGAGGAAAACCAAAGUCAAUAAGGGAGAGCAACGUUUCUCUUGUCCUGAGUGUGGCAGAAUUUUUUCUUUAAAAGCACGUCUUGUCAGGCACCUGGGGACCCACACAGGAGAGACUCCCUACAAAUGCCUCCGUUGUGGGAGAAGCUUCUUAGCCCUCUCAAACCUCAUUAGGCACCACAGGGUCCACAACGGAGAGAAACCGUUCCCAUGCCUAGAAUGCGGAAGGCAGUUCAGCGAGAAAAGAAACCUCGAGAGGCACAGACUGAUCCACACUGGAGAGAAACCCUUUGAGUGCCUUCAGUGUAAGAAGCGGUUCCGAGAAAAGGCCAAGCUUCUUCGGCACCAGCGGAUCCACACGGGUGAGAAACCUUACGAGUGUCUGGAGUGCGGACAAAGGUUCAGACACAGAGAGAGCCUGAUUGUACACUGGAGAUUGCACACGGGAGAGAAACCCUAUGAAUGCACCGAGUGCGGGGGCAGGUUUCCCAGCAGUUCGAACCUCCUUCAACAUAAGUGGACACAUCAUAAAAAACCUUACCAAUGCUCUCAGUGUAUGCAACAGUUUACAAAGAAACUGGACUUGUGCAAACAUCAGAGACGCCACAUGGGUGAUGGGAUGAUGGGAGAAAACAAGGAAGAGGGAAAACAGCACUGCCUUAUGGAGUGGUAGUGGUUCCAGUACAGAUCUGAGAUUACCAUAUAUCAGAGAAGCCCCAAGGACUUUGGAGCAGCCAAAGGCUCAAACCAAGAUGGUCUAAAUUCCUGAGGGAAAGCCAUAUUUCUGUGAUUCCAUGGUUGGAAAGCCUGUGGUUGAGGAGUAUCAGUUUAAGACAGCUGAUACUUCACAUCCUUGGCCUGUGUAGUUGUAAAAUAGUAAAGAGUCCAGUAGCAUCUUUAAG